GUAUCCCACUUGGACAACAUAAUGUGAUGCUGGCUCCAGAUUUCGUGCCUUUCAACUUCAAAUGAAGUAAUGAUGUUUGGAUCAGAAUCCAUAAAAUCAACCAAAGUUCGAAACUUUAUCUAUCCACUUCCCGGGCUUGCUCCAACAGUUGGGAUCAUACAUGCAUUGUGUUCUUGAAUACGUGUGAUACUGUAAACUUGGAUCAUGCGUACAAAGUACCUCAAACAGAGACAACACACCGACAAAAAGUGAUGUCAUCUGGUUCUAUGCCUGCUUCUUCCAUCUGUUAAACAGAGACAAAGCUUCCUUCUUCACAACUAUGUACUCCCAAGUGGCUAAACUCUUACUCUGCAUUUGCCUCAAAAAGACUUUCCUUGCGUCCUACAAGCUUCCACAUUUGCUAUACAUAUCGAUCAGAGCGGUUCCAUGUGAGCAUAGUCAUGAACCCAUUCCCAUAGACAAGCUUCUUAGCUGAGUAGAGGCUUGCAACAUAACUAACUACUGUGUAAACUCAUUAGGCUUUGACAUUAUCAACCUAAAUUCUUCUCAAAAGCUGAAACAUCUCAUCUAAGCAGUGAGCAUUGCAGUCCAUGAGACAACGGUUCUGGUUGGCAUUGGGAAUUGGAGACAAACACCAUAAACGGUUCUGGUAGUCCAUGAAAAAAUGGUUCGGCCAGGCAUUUUAUCAAACACCUUGCGACCACAAUCUUGUUUUCUCUCAAAGAUAGCUUUUUGACUUUAUGAGGUUACUCAAAUUUGGAACAGAAACUGAGAUUAAUUGUUAUUUCGGAGACCCAGUUGAUGGUGACGUCAUCUCACCUGAAAAAAGCCCGCGAACGAAUUCGUGGUUUCCGCCAAAAAAACUUAUAUAAAUACAUAAAAAUUAAUAAAGUAUCGAAGAAGACGAGAGAAGAAGAAGAAGAAGAUGGAGAUUCGAGUAAAAUGUGGAUGCGGAGAAGAUGAGUGUAGCGAGUGGACGAUCGUUGAGCUCCAAGGAGUCGUCGAGACUCAGUCUUCGUUCCAAGGCUCUGUUCAGAAUCUCGAGAUCGGUCGUCUCUGCCACUCCGAUUCCUCCCAGGAAAAUUACACGUUCACGGUGGGUUACCAUGAACUCGUGGGCUCGAAGGUGACUCUGAAGAAGCCAUUACUGGUUUUGAAGAAGAUUCAGAAGUGUACGGAUGAUUCGUCAGUGAAAGAAACGGAGCUAGAAGUUGUCGGGAUUAUACGAUCGAAGAUCUUGUUUAAGACCAGGCCUAAGCCUCUCAUUUCCGGAACAAAUUAGGCUUCUGCUUGUUUCCUGGUUUGUAAGAUACAGAAAAGAGAAGACUUUGUAGUGUCUCUGUUUGUUUAUUUCCAAUGAGUUUUUAGAUUCAAGAAAAUUUGAUUACAUCAUUGUUU